AUGCUUCUCAUCAUUUUCCUGAUCAGUGUGUUAAGUGUACUGGGACCGGAGGGUCAGAGCCCGAGCGCGACGCUGCGCCCCCCGGUGACCAAGGACAGCGGCCAGUGCUCGGCCGCGUGCGAGUCCCGUCAGCAGAGUAAGCUGGUGCGUCUGUACUCCAUCCACUCGCAGGUCCUGAGCGCGCUGCGCCUCGAGCGCGCGCCGAACCUCACCCGGGACGCCGCGCGGCAGAUCGUGCCCAAAGCUCCGCCGCUGCUCGAGCUUCUCAGCCGGUACGAGAGGCACAAUGGCAGCACGGGGGAGGAUUACGAGGAGGCGGAGGAGCGCGAGGAAGCCAGCACCGAGACCAUCAUCACCAUGGCGACGGAACCGCAAAGCACGUCUCAGGCCAACUCCGUGCCACGCUGCUGUUUGUUCUCGCUCAGCCCGAAGAUUUUGCCAGACAACAUCGUGAAGGCGCAGCUGUGGAUCCACCUGCGUCUGGGCAAAGAGGCCACGACCGUCUUCAUGCAGAUCUCACUCUUGCAGCCGUCCUUCUACAGCAACCCCCGACCCAAAAUCCUCUCUCUAAAGAUCGACGCCGAUGCCCAGACCAACCCGUGGCAGAGCGUCGACAUGAAACAGCUGCUGCAGGCAUGGCUCAAGCAGCCUGAGAGUAACUUCGGCAUCGAGAUCAAGGCCUUCGACAGCCUGGGGAAAGACUUGGCCGUGACGUCCGCUGAAUCUGGGGAAGAAGGGCUGCAACCGUUCCUAGAGGUCAAAAUCACCGAGGCGCCGAAGCGCUCCAGACGAGAAACCGGCCUCGACUGCAACGAGCUCUCUUCAGAAUCCCGCUGCUGCCGUUACCCGCUCACUGUAGACUUCGAGGACUUUGGUUGGGACUGGAUCAUUGCGCCCAAGCGGUACAAGGCUAACUACUGCUCGGGCGAGUGCGAGCAGGUCCACGCGCAGAAGUUCCCGCACAGGCACCUGGUGAACAAGGCGAACCCGCGAGGUACGGCCGGACCCUGCUGCACGCCCACCAAAAUGUCCCCCAUCAACAUGCUCUACUUCAACCACCGAGAGCAGAUCAUCUACGGGAAGAUCCCUUCUAUGGUCGUGGAUCUCUGUGGCUGCAACUGA